CCGCCGGCUGAUUAAUCGGAAGGGCCACUUAGUUACUUACCCAGCAUGAUGACCCAUUACCCAGUGAGCUAGUUGAUGAGGCUAUCAACAAGUGAUGUGCCAACAUCAAACAUCGACUAAGUUCCGCCUCUUCUUUGGUUUGUUUCUCUUUCCUCCCCCCACAUGCCCCAGCCUUCUCUUUACCAAGACAGACGACACAAGCAGACAGUUGUCCAAAGAUCGUCUGAUUUUCCAUAGCCUGCCCUGCCUGCUACAUAUCAUCCAUAUCAUCCAUGUUUAUCCCACACAUCAUUCACAGAUUGGCCACCCCGGAUCUACAUACAUCCAGUUUCGAAGUCUCCCCUGACUAAGAACUCCACGAAGAUGGAUGAUCGGCAGGAACUUUGUCGGAUAGACGACACUGCCAAGCUCUACCAUACUACCGCUUUUUUCCAUUCCCGUCGGAUUUAUCCCCACGUUGUACAGCCAAUCACAUCUGGUGAAGGACUUGCAUGCUGACGACUCAACGGGGCAUGCAGCCCAGCAAACCACAU